AUGGGCACCACCACGACAUAUUCAUACAGUUAUGUCGAACCAACAAUUGUUUCUCUUUUAAUUUUAUCGUCAUUCAUUUAUCUUCUCAACGCCGCUCGUUAUAUCGCACAGCAGCUGUUCUAUGCCGGUCUUAUCGGUGAGAUUCUUGUCGGUAUUAUCUAUGCUGCGCCUUUAGCAAAUAUUUUGAAAACUGAAUGGGAACAAACAGUGCUAGAUUUCGGCUACUUGGGAUUGUUAAUCUUAGUGUUUGAAGGAGGAUUGGAAACACGUCUAGACUUUUUAGCUGUGAAAAGUAAUCUCUUUCUCUCGUCGAUUAUUGGUUUGACAGGAAUUUUAACUCCGAUCGGUUUAUCAAUUUUCUUGUGUACAGUUGGAUUCAAAUUUUCAUUGCUCGAAUCUUUUACAAUGGGUGCUAGUCUAAGUGCAACAAGUCUCGGUACAACGUUUGCUAUUCUCUCGUCACAAGGAACAUAUCAAUUGAACAAAAGUCGUAUGGGUACCAUUCUCGUCGGCGCAGCACUAUUGGACGACAUAUCUGGAUUAGUCAUGGCCAGUGUGAUUGAAAAACUUGGACACAUAGGCGAACAAAACCUUCCAUGGUUAAUUUCAAAACCGAUUGUGUCGUCAGUAGCUAUGAUCGUUAUUUCUACUCUACUAGCACGAUUUCUAUUUGGACGAAUAUGGGUUAAAAUAGAAUGUGAAAAUCGGAUUAUUAAAUGUUAUUCAGAUCAAAUCUUGUUAUUCUGCUUAAUUGCAGGCCUAUCUGCAUUUGUCACAAUCGCAUCGUAUACAAGUGCAUCGACAUUGGUCGGUGCUUAUUGUUGCGGAGCUACGUUGAGACAUUUAGAUGAAUGUCGAAAGAAGGCUUCGGCCGAUGUUGAACAUUCAAAUACAACAUCGUUUCAACAUCUAUUCGAAAAAUAUAUUCGAACAAUAAAAGAAUAUCUAUUUGCACCAUUCUUCUUUGCGUCAAUUGGUUUUGCAGUGCCGUUCUUACAGUUAUGGCAUGGGAAAGAACUUUGGCAAGGUAUUGUAUAUGCGUUAUUGAUGAUUUUAGGCAAGUUUAUUACUGGAGUAUGGAUUAUCAUUUGGACAUUUGCUUCGACUCGAUUUAAGAAAUCAAAAGUAACAAAUGUUUCACCAACAACAGUGCCCGUUGAAAUAGCUAUGGUUGAACAAGUUCCAAUGUCACAACCAUCUACUACAUCUCCGGUACUCAUCUCUCAUCGAAGUUUAUCAUCUAGAAGCGUUGAUACUCCUCACGAUGAGAUCAUAGGAACAAAUCCGCCUGAAGUUUCAGCGAAAAAGUCGCGCAGUAUUUAUCCGGCGCUGAUCGUUGGAUUAAGUAUGGUAUCUCGUGGUGAGAUUGGCUUUUUAAUUGCAAAUAUUGGUGUGUCUGCAAAUGUUUUGUCCGCAGAAGCAUUUAUAGUUACAAUUUGGGCUAUAUUACUAAACACCAUCAUGGGCCCAAUAGCUGUUGGAAUAAUGAUUAAAGUAUUAGGAUCGAAAUUGAGCGAUGGAGUGUGGAUUGACUAA